AACUACACUGAGAACAUUUUUCCAGCUUGGUGAUCAGGUUUUGUACUUUUUUGCGAUAAAUAAUUAUAAAAGCUGUAAAUUCCUUCACUGCAAACUGACGUUACACUAUCCGAACAAUUGUGGUCUUCGCUCAAAGUGUGACAACUCAGCAGUGUAGUACCGGUACUCCUUGACAAUGUUCCUCGUUAUAACGCUUCUCCUGGCUGUUGGCGUGUACGGUCAGGAUCCACAACACUGCAUCCACAGCAACGUGGACAGUCUGGCAGCUGACAACGUCAUCGAGAAGGUCGUUGCUGACGCUGACAUUAACGGCGACCAUGAACUCUCGCCCCUUGAGGUCAUUAUUGAGUUUAUUGGCAAGUUUGAUGCAAAUGGGGACAGUAUGAUCACAAGGAGCGAGUUUGUUGCAAAAUGGCACGCGUUAUACCGUGACGUUCCGGACUUUGCCGACUACAUCUUCCAGCAUCUGGACCAAACGAACGAUGAUUUCCUCGGACUGUUUGACUUCGUUCCUCUCCAGGCCAUUAUGGACCUGGACCAUGACGGCAAAGUGUCGGACGUUGAGUUCACUAUAUAUUUGACCCACCUGUAUCAAGACUGUGUGCCAUUCUCACAUCAAGACACUGCCUGAGCGUCCUGUGACGUCACUUCCGGUGUGGACAACAGUUUCAUUAUUCAUGCCUCAGUAUUUCAUAUAGAAAGUUGAAAUAAAAUAUAGGUUCAGUACCA